AGUGUCGGAUGAAAAGUUACUCCUGCUCGUGUUAUGUAAACUUUUAUUUUUUCGACUUGACCGGGUGAUACGGCGAGUUCAGGCCUGUCCCGUUAACGUUUGGCUCGUUGGGAGGUAAACCAAACUGCACAAUGCAUAUGCUAGCGUCAAACGGAUCCAUAAUGGACCUGGGCACGGAGUUGGUGAAAAUUAAAGCACACUACUGUGGGGACAUGUUGAUCACAGACUUGGCUGCCACGGUAACCUUUGUGGAGUUGUGUGAGGAGGUGAGAAUGAUGUGCAGCGUUGCCAAGCAGCAGCCCAUCACGCUCAAGUGGAUCGAUGAUGAAGGGGACCCGUGUACCAUCUCGUCUCAGAUGGAGCUGGAGGAAGCAUUUCGUAUUUACAAUCGGACCAAGAAGUCUGGACUGCCGCUGCAUGUUUUCCCCAGUAUCCCAGAGCGGCCUGGUCUGCCCUGCCCUGGAGAAGACAAAUCGAUCUAUCGCCGCGGGGCCAGAAGAUGGAGGAAACUCUACCGAGUCAACGGACACCUCUUCCAGGCCAAGCGCUUUAACAGGAAAGCCUACUGUGGCCACUGUAGUGAAAGGAUAUGGGGGCUGGGCAGGCAGGGCUACAAGUGUAUCAACUGCAAACUGCUGGUCCAUAAGCGCUGUCACAGACUCAUCCCUCAGACCUGCCAAAGGCUUAUGGAUCCAGUCAUGCCAUCGCAGGAGCCCCCUUCAGAUGCUAAGAGUGAAGAGGUGGACCUUCCACCAGAUGAUACAGAGGACACAGAUGGAAUACCUUUUUUACCGCACAACUGUACAGUGGAUAAAACAGAAGAUGCAGAUACAGAGGACAUCAAAGCAGUAGUGGACGGCAUUGACGGCAUCAAGCUGUCCCAGGGCCUGGCUCUUGGGCUGGGUGACUUUGACUUGAUCCGGGUGAUCGGGCGUGGCAGCUACGCCAAGGUCCUGCUGGUUCGGCUAAAGAAGAACGAGCAAGUUUACGCCAUGAAGGUGGUGAAGAAGGAGCUCGUCCACGAUGACGAGGAUAUCGACUGGGUGCAGACAGAGAAGCAUGUGUUUGAGCAGGCGUCCACCAAUCCCUUCUUAGUAGGCCUGCACUCCUGUUUCCAGACAGAAAGUCGGUUAUUUCUGGUGAUUGAAUAUGUGAAUGGCGGGGACUUGAUGUUUCAUAUGCAACGACAAAGGAAGCUCCCAGAAGAACAUGCGAGAUUUUAUGCUGCUGAAAUCUGUAUCGCUCUGAACUUCCUACAUGAAAAGGGCAUCAUAUAUCGCGAUCUGAAGCUGGACAACGUUCUCUUGGACCACGAGGGACACAUCAAGCUCACAGACUACGGCAUGUGCAAGGAAGGGAUCAGACCAGGUGACACCACCAGUACUUUCUGUGGAACUCCCAACUACAUCGCACCUGAGAUCCUCAGAGGAGAGGAUUACGGCUUCAGUGUGGACUGGUGGGCUCUGGGUGUGCUGAUGUUUGAGAUGAUGGCUGGGAGGUCUCCAUUUGACAUCAUCACUGACAAUCCUGACAUGAACACAGAGGAGUACCUCUUUCAAGUUAUUCUUGAGAAGCCCAUUCGCAUCCCAAGGUCUCUGUCGGUGAAAGCUGCCAGCGUGCUCAAGGGCUUUCUAAACAAGGAUCCCAAGGAGCGGCUGGGCUGCCAGGUCCAGACAGGCUUCACAGAUAUCAAGUCACAUACAUUUUUCCGCAGUAUAGACUGGGACCAGCUGGAGAAGAAAGAGGUGACGCCACCCUUCAAACCUCAAAUCUCUGAUGACUACGGCCUCGAAAACUUCGACACGCAGUUUACUAAUGAACCAGUGCAGCUAACGCCAGAUGAUGAGGACGUCAUCAAGAGAAUAGACCAGUCAGAAUUUGAGGGAUUUGAAUACAUCAACCCCCUGCUGCUAUCCACAGAAGAGUCUGUAUGAAGGAGAGACGAGCUUCCUCCUUCGCCCACCUACUGUCUGUCCAAGCUGCCGUCUCAGCCAAAAACCACUCGCAAGCCAACUCUGAAAGGCAAGCAGGAGGAGGAGUAAAGGACAACAUGGAGGAUGAACUCCCUCUCUGGAUCUGUCAACAAGGCAAAGCAAACAGGAGAAUGGGAGAGUUUCCCUCCUGGACGAUUCAGAUUGUUUUGUCGGGGUACCACACUCUUCUUUCUUGGUAUCUACAAGGAAACUGAAGACACUGAACUACAAGACCAUUCCCUGUCCUUACAUCGUCUUCCCCUCUUCUUUUUCUUUUUCUCCCUCGGCUUCAUUCCUUUCUCCCGUCAGAAUGUCCAUCCUCAUGUCAAAGCAUGACUGGCUUUGUAAUUUGAACAGAGAGCUGUUGUUAAUUCUGUGCCUGCCAUCAUGAACACAUUAUUUCAACCCGACUCGCAUCCCUGGAUGAAUAUGACAGUUCUGCUGAGGAACUUGAAAUUUUAUGUGCACUUUUUUUCUUUUUCUUUUUUUUAAAAAUUUCUUUCUAUCUUGUAGGGGGGAGGGGGCGACGCCUCACACGAAACAAGAAUGUACAAUGACAAAGGAAAAAAAUAAGUUAUUAUUGUGUAUUAUAUUGUAGGUAGUGAAUCCAAAAUUGACGAUGCCUUUUUAUUGAUGCAAGUGGCACAUUUUCAUCUGUAAUCACAAACUUCUUUUUGUUAUCUUUUAUGAUUUUCACAAACAAUGGGGGAAAAAAAUAGCUGAGUGGGAGACGGCUUUUUAUUUAAGAAGUGCCUCAAAGAUCAAAUUAAUUACCUUGUCUCUGAAUGCACUUAUCUCUUAGUGAACAUUUCUUCACCCAUCAUUAAAUCAGACCAACUGAAGCCAUGGCCAGACUCUGCCAGGGUUGGUCCAAACUGUUCAAAUUUUGAGGGGAAUCUAUACAUGUGGAGCACAGUAACCUGCCUCAGUCCUGAUACACGAGUGAAUCUUUUCAUUUUUAACGAAUCAACUCAAAUAGUCAGUGUAGAACUGAUUAUUUAUGACUGGUCUAUAGAUUCACAAGAGCAGCAUCUCAGCCAGCAUCAGAAAUCAUUGAAAUUGGUGGCAGUAAGAGACAAAAUGCUCAAAGAUAAAGUUUGAUGUUCAGAUAUUUAAUAGUGAAGAUUGUGUCCUGCUCAUCGAGUUUUUCCAAAGCCAAACUAUCAUUUUGAAAUGUCAUCCAGCAGACAGUGUCCACACUGUCCUGUAUUUAGGAUAAAAACCUUGUAUAAAGGUGUAGAAAAAGGCCACGGUGUGCUUUCUGCCAAUUACAGUCUGGCAGCUUUAAAAAAACAUUAUAUCAGGACUUCAGCUGAGAGUGAAAGCAGUUCAUUGGCUCUGGCCUCCACAGUGUGCACAGGCUUGCUGGCCGAGCUCGGAUUCUUCCACACCAGCUGCCACUGCGUGACCAUCUGCGGCCGGUCGACAGUCUCAUGUGACCGGUUGGUUGUUCUGCUUUGUGGAAACGUGUCUCCAUUUCUAUUUUGGGCUCAUUGUGUGUUUCCAUCCCCGCAUUGAGGCUGGCUUUACAUGGUGCAACUACAGCUGAGUGCCACUUAAAGCGUAAGAUUGUUCCUUUAGUGAUAAAAGUCCAGAUGAAACGACAGAAACAGUCUCUGUUUGCAACCAACAGUCAUAUUAAAUGAAAAAUAAGGUUUUCAGAGAUCCAUCCGAAAUGCUCCUUUAGCCUCUGAGUGGGCGGGCUGAUGUUUGAUGGACAGCUCAACUGACAGGGGUACUGACACACAAUGUUGCCCUGGUGACAAAGGUGCAAAGGGCAGACAGCAUUUUGUCAGCAGUGGUGUUGAAUAAUAACAACCACACCUUUUUUAGAAUCAAGAAUAUAAAACUUUCCUGUGAUGGUACUUAUUCUUCCUUAAAGGCACAGGAUGUAAAUCACAGAGAAGAUCUGCUGUUUCAUUUGGACUGGAUCAUUAUUAUUUUACUCACAGGAAAACAAAGCACUUAGUUUCAUAUAUUUCAUUUGUAGUACGCUGUGUCGCUACUUCUUUUAAUUCUGAUACUUCACACAUUUGUUUAUCGAUAUUUCUUCACCUCAAAUUGAAGAAGUCAUUUCACCUAGAGCAUUUUUAGACAUUUUAAAGAUUUAACACUUAACUCAAAAAGCAUUGAUAGAUUAUUGAUAAUAAUAAUUGCGAAUUACAACCCGAGUCACGUCACCUUCAUGUGUCAUAUUGUAUUCAAGUGAAUGAAGUAAUUCAACUUAAAGUGUACUAAAGCAACAUAUUCAUGUGGAGAGGUGCUGGCAGCAGCUCAGAUACAGGUUUCUGAUGAGCCUCACCCUUCUAACCACCGACAGAUGUGUGUGACUGACUCAUGCUGAAAAUUAAUCAAAAUCCAAACUGAGUGUUUUGCUGUUGACCCAGGUACGCUGCUCCAGACCGGGUCUGGACUUAUAAACUGUUCUUACACUUCACCACAUGAACUGAACUAGCCAGGCCGCAGGUCCAGGAAAAUGAUGCAAUAACUCUCCCCAGCACUCAAGCACUAAAAUUAUUUCAUACCUGUCCAUGUCUGCACAGAGCUAAUGUGUUCAUUUCAAAAUGUGUGACGGACUGUGCAUGCUGACAAACGUGACUAUAUCUGUUUACGCAAUGUAGUUCAAACAGAACCUCAGGUGCAUCAGCUGUGUGUCUGGACUGUAUCUACCCCUGCUGGCCGAUUAACAGAACUCGGUACCAACUGAAAUGUAUCUGUAGCACUGAAAACGGACAUACAUCAAAAGUUGACGCCAAAUGCUUCAGAUCAGAGGGCCGAUUGCACAAAACAAAAGUCUGAGUUAAAGUUUCCUUAAAAUAAGAACAGUUGCACAAAACACCCUUAUGUCUUCUAAGUAUUUAAGGUUUUCUCCUUAUUUUGCUCUUAUACUGUAGGAAUCACUUCAAGUCAGUUAAACUGACUCUAUCUUAACUGCAAGAUGGCCAGCUUUAUGCGAUAAAUGAAAAAAAUGAACGCAUCUCAAGAAAAUUGUUCUGCGACCAGGAGACGCCUUUAACGAUGAGGAGGUCAGUUUAUGAUUUGUCUGACCAUCUCUACCUUUCGCAGCUUAAAGGUUGUUCUACGGUUUUAUACCAUAAGAUCUUUCCGGUCAGGUAUAGUCGAGAUGUUUCAUGCCCACAGAUCUACGGUGUAUUUCAAACGCUCUAAUGUCUGUUGAACACAGUAGUGACGUUCCCAUCAGAACAACAGGAGGAUGAGAUACUGGUGCACUUCUUUAAUGUGACUGGCUUCCCAAAAGUGAUUAACAGGGAUCACAAAAGCUAAUGGCAUCAAAUCAACAGUCUCCAUGGAAACAGUAGAGUUGUACCACUGUAAAAUCUUUUUCACUGCUGCAAAUGCCUUAAUGUUUUUCCUUAACUAAGGAAACCUUUUUAAAAGAUUCUGUGCAUUUCCCUCAGCUAUACUUGAGUAGAAAACUUGUGGUGUUUUGUGCAACCGCUCCCAGAUUCUUAGUCUGGUCACACGCCUUGAGCUACGUCAGGAACAUUUCUCACGUCAGACUAUAUUUUAUUUAGACAUAAUUCUUUUACAAAGUUUAGUUAUUUAGCAUGAGGGUUAAACUUGUUUUUAAAGGUAUCAACAAACAGCACUGGUUUUGAAACUGGAGCAUCAGCAAUGAACAGUUUGAGUUAAUACUCAGCCCUGAUCAAGAAUGGGCUUUUGUCACCUGAGCUGACAGCUGCCCAGUGUAAAGUCAGCCCGACACAUAGUGGUCAGCUCUCUAACAUCACUGGUUUGGAGGCUCAGUUCUGAUUCAUCAAAGGUUUUCUAACCAUAGUUUUCAUUUCCCCAGACGCCGGUGCAGAGACAACAACAAUAAGAAGCCAUGAGUUUAUUUGUAUACAGGGAAGUUUGAGGCUGUUUAACUUCAUGUACUGCCACAUUCCUACACAGCAAGCAGCAUCUUUUUAAACAAAUGUAGGAUCCUUGUGCUGUUAAAAGACACAGCACAUCUGUGAAUAUCAACUCUGAGCACGGAUUAAACUCCCCGCCUCUCAUACAAGCUGCGUGUUGAUCUCUACGUCUGUGCACUUUCAAGGGAAGCUCUCUAUUGGGUGGGAGUUAUUUGAUGAAAUCUGACCCGUGCUAAUUUGAUAACCACAUAAUAGGAUUUAUGAGAUGAUCCUGAGUCAAAGGGUCUCAAUUAGCUGCAGGCAAGGAACAGAGAGAGGAGAGAUAAUGAAGCAGUUCCACAGUCACCAAUUAGUCCACCACAAUGCGCGCACGCACACACACACAAACACACACACACACACACACACACACACACAUACACACACUUGAAGAAGCUGGAAAUCACUUCAACAUCCAAGGAAGCUUCGUCCUCCAACCCCCUAAACUCCACUUCCUCUGCAGCAUUUUAUUAAUGUCAUGUUUCGUCGAUCUUUUCGCACACCAGGUGAUGCAUUACUUCUUUUUUUCUUACGGGACCAAUGGAUGAACUGGGAGUCCUUGAAACCACAAUACAGAACAGUGAAGGCCGUUCAGACACCUGAGACGAACAGAUUCUUUCUCUAAAACUGAAUUAGUCCAUGGUUUUUGUUUUAACAUACUGCUGGUGGGAUACGCUUCAUUUUGCUUCACCGCAUCUUUGUAAAUAUGUGUAAUUAUUAAAAAUGAUACUGGUUUUCCGUGAA